AGAUCAGCUCGGAUCAGAUCGGUGAUCAUGUCGCCUGGGAUUCCAACGCCGCAGACCGCCAACUUCCCCCUGACGAAGUUCAUCCAAAAAAUCCACUCAGCUCGAGCCGCUUGAUUAAUUCGCACACGUCAACGGUAUUCAAAUAAGCAUCUCGUGUACUCAUCGUGGCCGCAAUAAAAACGGCUUUAACUUUUACUACCUGCCAAAAAAAAACCAAAAAACAAAAACAAAAACAACAACAGAAACAUUAUAUAUAUAUAUAUAUAUACAGCACUCACUCACUAAAGCGAAAAACAUAAAGGAAAACAGCUCAACGGGCCAGAUUUCGGUUUGUUGCCGCUGCACUUGGCGGCUUCAAUCGAUAUGCGUUUGCUCAUGGUAAUUGCAAUUCUAAUAUUCGCAAUGCCAAUGACUGGAUUCGGCUGGGCCGAGGGCACCAACAUCCUUCUCGAUCCCAAUCUAAUGUGCAAAAAGACACGUCGCCUGCGCGGCAAGUUGGCCGAAAUCUGCCGGCACGACUCGGCCCUGCUCAAAGAGAUCAUCAUCAAUGGCAUCAACCUGGGCUUCCGCGAAUGCGAGUUCCAAUUCCGCAAUCGCCGCUGGAACUGUACUGUCCUGCGCAAGAGCAUGAGGAAAAUCUUAAUGCGCGAUUCCCGGGAGACGGGUUUUGUGAACGCCAUCACCGCCGCUGGAGUGACCUACGCCGUGACCAAGGCCUGUACCAUGGGCCAGCUGGUGGAGUGCUCCUGCGACAAGGCUCACAUGCGGCGAAACGGCGGUCAGCCGCAGAUGGUGACGGCAGCCACAGCAGAGGCGGCACUGGAAAGGCAGCAACAGGCUGCCAUGCUAAGGCAGCAAGCGCCUCUGCAGGAUCAAACUCCCGGCCAGCUGCAGCGGAUGAAUCACAUCAACAACGGCAGCAGCAUGACGGAUAUAACUCCGAUGGACAAUCGGGGCGGGCGGAGUCGAAGGCCCGGCGGGAGGAGGGGUCGCCGCAAGUUCUGGGACAACAUCAAGUUCCCUGAAGGCCAGUGGGAGUGGGGCGGAUGCAGCGACAACGUAAACUUUGGCCUUCGUCACUCAAGGGUUUUCCUAGAUGCCAAGCAGAGGCAGCGGCGAAGCGAUCUGGGAACGCUGGUCAAGUUGCAUAAUAACAAUGCAGGGAGAUUGGCCAUUCGCGAUGCCAUGCGGCUGGAGUGCAAGUGCCACGGUCUGUCCGGCUCCUGCACGGUGAAGACCUGCUGGCUGAAGAUGCCCCCAUUCCGGGAAGUGGCAGGACGGCUGCGAGAUCGGUACGACAGUGCCAGGAAGGUGACGCUGCGCAAUGACGGGAACAGCUUUAUGCCGGAGAGUCCGCACACGAGGCCGGCCAACAAGUACCAACUGGUCUUCGCCGACGAGUCACCCGACUUUUUGUGCGCCAACUCGAAGACGGGGGCAUUGGGAACUCAGGGAAGGGAGUGCAAUGUGACCAGUUUGGGAUCGGAUCGAUGUGAUCGACUGUGUUGCAAUCGAGGACAUACCCGAAGGAUCGUGGAAGAGCAAACCAACUGCAAGUGCGUCUUCAAGUGGUGCUGCGAGGUGACCUGCGAAAAGUGCCUGGAGCAUCGAGCGGUGAACACCUGUCUUUGAGAGGGCCAGCAAAGGCCAGAUUAUUUGUAUUAUUUCUUUUCGGAUUAGUCAGGAAUAGAAUUUUGAAAGCUUUCCAUUUCGCGUGAUAGAAACACACACACACACACACACACACAUACUUACAGAGGAAGUAUUAACUAACAAGUGAACACUAGUAUCUCUAAUCUUUUAGCUAGUUGUAAAUACGAAUUAAAACUCACAUUAAAUCAUACAUAUGCAGAUCAUGUAAGCCUUGUAAAUAGUCGUAAUAAAAAUGAGAGAAAAACUAAA